ACUUUUGUUUUUUAUUAGAUUCCAACCAUAUCAACAAGAUUUUAUGUUCACAUUCAUGUUACAAGUUUCAUACUUAACUUUUAAAGUUCCAAGAUCUAUGUUCUGUCAUAAACUAAAUCAGACCAGAAUCAUUUUGUUUGCACAAAUUCCUGCAAGGAAAAAUAAUCUUUUAUAAUUUCUGAAGAAUCCUUCCUGAAAUCUGGAGAUUGAAACUGAAGGUUCUUUAUGAAUAUAUUUAAUCUUUUUCUUGCACUUUAUAGAAGGAUGGUAAUUUCUAACCGGAGUUGUAAGUGAAACUCACAAGGUCCCUUUCUGGGAAGGCAUUGUUUAUGUUUGUUGUCUUAAAAUGCCGAUGGAUUUGAUUUUAUAGUUCAUUUGUCCUCAAAGUCAGUGGGUUGAUUUGAUACUUAUCUUCUUCCCACUUUAAACUGAGCAGCACAAGUUUUUCAGGUUUAAAGAUUUAAUUAUUUGAAGAAUGUAACCUUUGGUGAUAACAUUGUGCAGUCCUUGCAUAGACAUGCAGACCGUAACUGACUGUUCUGGUGGAUGCUCAAGUUAGUGGACGCUUAAUCUUGAAAAAGCCUCGACGUUCGAUCUCUGCUCUGCUAUGCAAGAUCUGUGAUUCUCAUUGUUGACUUCUACAAUAUUCUGGUAUUUGUCAAUUUGAUAGCAGGAUGAAGGUUGGGAUGUCAUCCAAGACCAUGAGUCACCCUAGCUUUGUGUCUGUGACACAAACUGAGUCUAGCAAGGGAAUUGGAGAGUCAUAUCCUACUGCUGUAGCCUCAAUUCACAAUUUUCCAAGUAUCGGUUCAGAAGGUCAAUCUUCGUUGGCUGGUGAAUGUUCGUCUCCACUUCCCUUUCCUUUUAUACGAACAGAAUCAUUCAAUUCUAGUCACAUGCAAGCAACUACAGUCCAACUUAAAAAGAAUAAUCUAAAAUCCGGGCCAAGUAGCCCCAUUUCUCCAAGUUCUCAUUCUAAGAGUGCAUUUUCACGUUCUUCUGUGUUCUGUACCCAUUUAUAUUUGUCAUCUUCGUCUACAUCUGAAACCCAAAGACAGCUUGGAAAUUUGCCAUUUCUUCCACAUCCUCCCACAUGUCACCAGUCCAUUUCUGCUGUUGAUUCGUCAAAAUCUCCUGUGGUUUCUAGUGAGGACUUGAGCAAUCAAUAUAAUGAGGACAACUCAGAAGUUAUUUUGAAGGACUUCCUUAAUCUGCCUGGAGAUUCUUGUGAUAGCUGCUUUCAUGGUAUGCAUUCUGAAAGUGAUAAUUAUGCCCUCACUGGACAAUUAGAGCUACAAUUUUUGUCUGAUGAACUUGACAUAGCUAUCACUGACCAUGGAGAAAUUCCCAGACUUGAUGACAUAUAUGAAACACCUCAACCUUCAUCAAACCCAACUGUAGGGUUGACAUGCAACCAAAAUUCUGCUUCUGUGGCACCAUCUAUUGAUGCUCCUGCAAGUGUUGCUCUCUCUGGACCAGCAGCUGUUCACAAGCCAAGAAUGAGAUGGACUCCUGAGCUCCACGAGUGUUUUGUAGAGGCUGUGAACAAGCUUGAUGGGCCUGAAAAGGCAACUCCAAAGGGUGUUCUAAAGCUUAUGAAUGUUGAAGGUUUGACUAUCUACCAUGUGAAGAGCCACUUACAGAAAUAUCGACUUGCCAAAUAUAUGCCUGAGAAAAAAGAAGGGAAGAAGACUUCCAGCCCUGAAGAAAAGAAAGCAGCCUCAAGUAGCAUUGAAAGUGAUGGAAAGAAAAAAGGGGGCACGCUAAUCACUGAAGCUCUGCGCAUGCAAAUGGAAGUACAGAAACAAUUACAUGAACAGCUUGAGCUACAAAGGUCACUUCAGCUACGCAUAGAGGAACAUGCAAGGUAUUUGCAGAAGAUCUUGGAGGAACAGCAGAAAGCUGGCAGCGCUUUAAUUCCUUCACUAAGCUUGUCAACGUUGACUGAUCCGAACCAAAACUCAGAAUUGCAACCUUCUUCUCCAUCAGCGAUUGCCUCGCCUUCUCAUCCUUCUGAGUCUAAAACCGAGUCAUCAUCAUCUCUACCAUCAAAGCAUAAAGCUCCUGAUGUCGAUGAUUGUAAACCUGAAUCAAGUCCAAAAAGGCCACGCAUCGAGGACAAGCCAGAGUCAUCCAUAGAUGAGGAGGCUGUGGUGGAAAAUCCUGUGCAGUAACAGCUUCACUCAAUCCCCUUCAAUGCAUCAGUUUCUAAGUCACCCCAGCUUUUGUAGAUACAUUAAUCCAGUGUAAAAUAGUCUUUGAAUUUAGAUUUGCUUCAUUUGUGUCCAAGACAUUUAUGAAAUUUGGUCAAGUGGAAAAAGAAAGACAGACGACUGUUUUCGUCUGCGAUUACAAAGACAAGUUAUUGAAUUGGUUUUUGCCUCAGUUUCUCUAUAUAUUUUCUUCCAAAUAAAGGUACUUUAGUUUUUGUCUC